GCUAACUGAGAGCACACUCACACUAGGACCUUUUGUUCUAAGCUGUGGACGCAAUUGCAGUCAGAUUCAUUUGCGUCUCUCCGUAAUUGCAGUCAGAUACGUUUAGUAAAGUCCUCGUGGGAGUAUCCCCUGAAGUGUUCCGACACACCAUGUUCCCGGGUCACCAUCGCCGAUCACGAGGACGAAGACGAGGCGGCGCCUGACAGUCAGAUUCAUCCACUCUAGGGCCGUAAUUGCAGUCGGAUGCAUUCUGGAGUGUUGCAAUUGGUGACGACUGUCUCCUCGCCUUUCGCAAGACGGAGGCGGGAAGGCCGAGGGGCAGCCGCUGGCGGAGGGGACUGCAGGGGAGCGCAGGCAGGGGUGCGCUGGUGGGGAAGCGGUGGCAGAUGGGGUGGAGGUGAGCGCUGGCGGAGGGGAAAGGAGCGCAAGCGCAGGGGAGCACUGGCGGAGGGGAGUGGAAAGGAGUGCAGGCGCAGGGGAGCGCUGGCGCAGGAGAGCGCUGGCGGAGGGGAGCGGAGGGGAGCACUGGUGCGAAGAGCGGCGGAGGAGGGGGUGGAGGGGCGGUGGAUAGGUGGAGAUGGAGGAGCUGGGGGGCAGAGACCGGCGGAGGAGGGGGAAGGGCCGGAGGAGCAGCCGAUAAGUGGAAGAGCAGCAGACGAAGAGGGGGAGCGCAGGCGGAGGGGAGUGGCCGGAAGGGAGUGGAGGGGAGCGCUGGCAGAGGAGAGUGCUGGCGAAGGGGAGCGCAAGGAACACAGGUGGAGGGGGGCGCUGGCGAAGGGGAGCGCAAGGAACACAGGUGGAGGGGAGCACUGGCGGAGAGAUGUGGAGGGAAGUGCAGGGGAGCGCUGGCGGAGGGUGUGCUGGUGGAGGGGAGCGGCAGAGGAAGAGGGGAUGGAGCGGAGGGGCGGUGGAGGAGCAUAGGCUGGGGAGGGACGGGCGGCGGAGGAGGAGGGGGUUCUUGGGGGGGGGGGRGGGGGGCCACUGACCUGAAUCUCCCAUCU